UACAGCAUUCAUUAUAGUAUUAUAGUCGAUCGCGAACGGACAUCUGAUCGUGUUGUGUGCAAAAAAAAAAUACUUUUUCUUUAAGUCUUAUAGUUAUUUUUUUUCUGUGAGUGACUUUCUUUGUGAUUGUAAAAAGUGCGAUAUUGGAAGAAAAAUGGAGAAACCGUCCGUGGCAGACUUCUAUGCCGACAAGUCGGUGUUCAUCACUGGAGCGACUGGAUUUAUGGGGAAGGUGCUGGUGGAGAAGCUGCUGAGAUGCUGUCCGCAGUUGAAGAGUAUCUACGUGCUCAUGAGAGCUAAGAAAGGCCAGGGGACCAGGGAACGGCUAGAGGACUUCGUCAGCUCUAAGGUCUUCGAGAACCUUCAAAACGAAUCUCCGAAAGUCUUCAACAAACUGAAGGUUGUACCUGGAGAUAUCCUGGUGGAGGAGCUAGGAGUGUCUGCUGCAGACCGAGAGGAACUGCAGAGGGAGUGCCAGAUCGUCUUCCACUGCGCUGCUUGUGUCAGGUUCGACAUGCCCCUCCGAGAUGCUGUCAGCAUGAACACAGUGGGUACACAGCGAGUAUUGGCUCUUGUUGAGGGUAUGAAGAACUUGGAGGUAUUCCUUCACGUGUCAACGUCGUACUGUCGCUGUGAGCUGGACUUAUUGGAAGAAAAGUUGUACCCAGCCAAACAUCGACCCCAGGACAUCAUGGAAUGCUGCCGGUGGAUGGAUGAUGACCUGAUCAAUCAUAUGGAGCUGAAGUUGAUGGAGCCCCAGCCCAAUACGUAUGCGUACACCAAGUCCCUGACUGAAGACCUGGUGUCCCAGCAUGCUGGCAAGUUCCCCAUUGUGAUUGCUAGACCUUCUAUCGUGACAGCGGCUUACAAGGAGCCUCUCCCUGGCUGGGUGGACAACAUCAACGGACCGACUGGCAUCAUGGUGGGAGCUGGCAAAGGUGUGAUUCGUACGAUGAUGUGUAAUGAAAAGAUUCUAGCUGACGUCAUCCCUGUCGACAUGGCCGUCAAUGGGUGCAUCGUGCUGGCGUAUGUCACUGCUUUAGACAAACCUAAAGAAGUUCGCGUGUGCAACAUUACGCAAUCUGGUUUGAACCCACUGACUUGGGGCGAUGCUCUUGAUAUGGGUCGCCUCCACGUGCAAGAAUUCCCUUCUUCCGUCUGCAUGUGGUACCCUGGCGGCUCGCCGAAGACCUCCUGGCUGCAUCACCAGCUCGCCUUACUCUUCACCCACCUGCUGCCCGCUUACUUCAUCGACUUACUGCUUUUCUUAUUGGGGCAGAAGACUUUCAUGGUCAAAGUCCAGAAGCGAGUGACAUACGGACUCAACGUGCUCCAAUACUACACCAUGAAGCCAUGGCACUUCAAGAAUGACCUCUACGUCUCCUUGAGAAAACGGCUCUCUAAGGAAGAUGACGAAACUUUCUUUACUGAUAUUGAAGUGAUCAACUGGAGUGACUACAUCAGGAACUACAUGAAAGGCUGCCGGGAGUACUGUCUAAAGGAGGACCCUUCGACGCUGCCACAGGCUAGGAGGCUGAACAGACAACUGUACUAUCUGGACAUCUUCGCCAAAGCCGUCAUUUGCCUUCUCUGUUUAUAUUUCCUAUACCACUACACUGUAAUAUUUCUAUCUCUACUCAAUUAACUAGGUAAAUAUAUAAACUAGGUUAGAAUAAUUGUAAUCAAUUCUUAAAUAAAUAAUUAAAAAUAUUUUAAGUAAAAAUUACAUGUCUUUAAACAAAGGGGUUAGAAAGGUCACAUCGAAGCAAUUCAUCUAAGAAAACAAUAUUGCUAUUUGACAUUUGUGACACUUACUU